GAGGUGACGACAUGAAUCCAUGAUGUGAAACACGUUAACUCUGUUCUCCAAAAGCUGUUUUCUUUCUCAAUUUGUCAAUCAAAUGUCUGCAGUGGUGGAUGUAAAACAUAUACAUGGAGAGCCUGAAUUUAAGGGUUGGUUGUAUAAAUGGACCAACUACUUGAAAGGUUACCAAAAGCGAUGGUUUGUGCUGUCAAAUGGACUACUAUCUUACUACAGGUGGAACGUCUGCGUGCCGCCGUUGGAGAUGGUAAAGUUGCACGUGUCCUCCGUGUGGAUGAAGGCGCCGUGCAGCGAGACGGUGCCGCGACACGUACGUCGCCGGGGGUUCCAACAUGGGACGGGGGAGGGGGACGUCGCCGGGGGCUCCGACAUGGGGUGGGGGAGGGGGACGUCGCCGGGGGCUCAGACACAGGAGGACGACGAGGACGAGAACCCUAAGGAGCCGGCUGAGAAGCAUGAGCUGCAGAGCACGCUUCGUCAGCUCAGCUCCAAGCUCGAGGACCUCAACACGUGCAACGAGCUGAUCGUGAAGCACGGCGCUGCCCUGCAGAGGGCGCUCGGAGACGUCGAGCAGCCGCCGCCGGCGGCAGGGGGCGCCACCUCCGAGCUGCCGCAGAAGGUGAAGGCGAUCAAUGAGCGAGCAACGCUGUUCCGUGUCACCGCCAACGCCAUGAUCAACGCUUGCUCUGAGUACCUGGACCUGGCGUCGUCACAGGGCAAGCGCUGGCAGAGGGCGCUGCAGUACGAGCACGAGCAGCGCAUGCGUCUUGAGGAGAUGGUCGAGCAGCUCGCGAAGCAACACAGCCAUCUGGAGGCGUUCGCGAGGAAGGAAGCCAAGACCAAGCAGGCGGAGAGCAACAAGACGCACCUGGGGCCAGGUGGCAUCGUGUCGGAUGAGGAUGAAGACGAAUUCCAUGAUGCCGUGGAAGACACACAGGUGUUCGAGGUUGAGAUACCCGACCUUCAGCACAGGAGAGAUGGAAGCUCAGUCAGCCUGUCCGCCGGCUCGGAAUUGGACAACGAGAAUGAUUCCGGGUCAGAAAUGGAACCGCGACAGAAGCACACGCGGGCCGUGAUCGUCUCCAUGAAGGGCAGGACGGAAAAGGACGCGGAAAUGGAGAAGGCGGAAUUCGAGGACGCCGGCGACGUUCCGGGCACAGAGAAGAUCGUGAAGCGGAAUCGGCGGCUGCGCAUAGCGGACAAGCCCAACUACAGCCUCAACCUGUGGAGCAUCAUGAAGAACUGCAUCGGAAAGGAGCUGACGAAGAUACCGAUGCCAGUGAGUGAUGCUGGCUGGUUAAUUUAUGCGAGUCCAACCACCGGUGUGGCAUUAAAUUCCGGCCAACAGCACGGUAUUUGUUGUUCAUGCGAAAGCACAGGCUUUACAUUUCUAUUCUAUAUCUCGAGUGUGGGCAUCAUUAGUGCCUAUACCAGAAGCAGGGACUCGGGAGUGGUCAGCCAUCACCCGCCAGCUGUAGCGCAGUACACUGAGGGUCGCGACUGGAUUAUGUACCAAGAGUUUACAAUGUCGAGCAAAUUCCGGGGAAAGUACUUGAACAUAAUCCCGUUAGGAAUAACUCACCUAGAAUUCCCCAAGUCUGGCCAUCGUUACACGUGGCGCAAGGUGAUGACGACUGUGCACAAUAUCAUUGUCGGAAAGUUGUGGAUCGACCAGUCGGGAGAGAUGGACAUUAUCAAUCAUAAAACGAAGGAUAAUUGUCACCUGAAAUACUACGCAUACAGCUAUUUCUCACGCGAACCUCCCAGAAAGGUGACAGGUGUGAUAACGGACGUGGAAGGCAAGGUGCGCCGGGUGCUGUCCGGACACUGGGACGAUAGGAUAGAGGGCGCUAAGGUGCUCGAUACGAAUCCACCGGUGAAGGGCGAUCGGCAGGUGUUAGAGACGGGACCGCCCACGCUGCUGUGGAAGCGCAACUAUCCGACGCCGGAGUCGGCGCGCUACUACUACUUCACGACGCUCGCCGCGCAGAUGAACGAGAUGGAGGAGAACGUUCCACCGACGGACUCGCGGCUGCGGCCGGACCAGCGGGCGAUGGAGGAGUGCCGCUGGGAUGAGGCGAACGACAUUAAGCUGAGGCUGGAGGAGAAGCAGCGCGUGAAGCGCCGCGAGAAGGAGAUGGAGGCAGAGAAAGCGUCCGCCGAAGGCAAGCCAUUCCAGCCGUACGAACCGGUGUGGUUCCGCAAGGAACGGGACCCGUACACCGGCAAUCUGAUCCACAUGUACAAGGGCAUCUACUGGGAGUGCAAGGAGAAGCAAGACUGGAGGGCGUGUCCUGACAUAUUUGUUUAGUGCGCGGGCGGUGGCGUCCGAGCGAGCGAACCACUGCGCAGCCCGUGUGUUGGAGAGAAUGGAGAAACGAAGGCGCGAAGGAAACGACCAAGCACCUCCGUGACGACACCAACAAUGAAUCGUAGGGAAUUGAAAUCGUCUGGCAACCGCUCACAUUCGCUGCGUGCUAAUUGUGAUAUGUCCCCUGAGCCGUGCGCGCGUGUACGCGUCGAUGUACGUGUAUAUGCGUGUGUGUAUGAACCCAAAGCUAGCACUCUGUGGGUACGACGGUUUAGGUUUCUGUUCCAAAUUACGACUCAAAUUCGUUUAGUAUCCUCAUAAAUGAAUUGUCUUAUAUGAAAACUCAUGUCCGAUUGAUGUGCAUCCCACUCAUUAUGUUUCUUAGCGUGGAUCUUACGGUUCACGUGUUAUUCCUAUCCGCUAUUGGCCCAGCAUCUGCUCCUGAUUCACACACACCUGUACUCCCUCGUCAAGUCACACACUCUACCCCUUGCCCUAUCCGUUCAUUCUCACAUAUACUUUUCUUGUCAACUCAAGAGAGAGAGGCAGUGUGAGAGUGUAGUUGAUUGAGAGAGGUAGUGUGAGAGUGUGGGUGGUUGAGAG